AUGGACACCUCAUCGGUUCGGUCUCAGUCUCCGGCCACUCCAAUAUAUAUUCUUCGUGGACAUGCUUCUCCGAUUCAUGCCUUGCACAUCUACAGCCACAAUUUACGCCUUGUAUCCGGCGACGCCAAUGGCUGGAUCGUUGUUUGGGAUCUAGUCACAAAACGCCCUGUGGCGGCAUGGAAGGCCCAUGGGGGUGCCAUUUUGGAGGCGAGAGGCGUUAAUGUAAGCGAAGGUGGAACUGAAAUUUACACACAUGGCCGCGACCACAAACUAUGCGUGUGGAAAAUUAGACCAGAUGAUGAAUGUUACCUCAAUAAGACGCUUCCAGUGGAUGCGACCGAAUCUACAGAGCCAGAAACUAAAACCCAGCCGUGGUUACUCCAUUCCUUGCCCGUGAAUGCGCUCAACUUUUGUUCAUUCUCAAUGGCAUUUGUCAAUUCGGAUGGGCUUCCCGGGCUUCCAUCCCAAUCUGGUAAACCGGAGAACACUCUCUUUGCAGUACCCAAUGCAUUGGAUUCUGGUGGAGUCGAUAUCUUCCAUCUACCAUCCGAGCGCAGGAUCAGUACUAUUCCUUCCGAUCAAUCGAUCAAAACUGGAAUGCUGAUGGCAGUGAAUCUCUUCGUGUCACCUUCUGGGGAUUUUUACAUUGCCUCUGCGUAUGAAGAUGGCCAUGUGAUGGUCUUUGUUCAUCGGGGCGCCCUCAAAUCCGCCAGCUUUGAGCGUGAGUCUAUAAACAGCAACCCUUUAAAAUGGGAGAAGCUGUAUGCUGGCCGCCCUCAUUCUCAACCGGUCCUUUCCUUGGAUGUUGCCCCAUCCCAUGGAUACUUCAUCUCUUCUUCUGCGGAUGCUUUGAUUAUCAAGCACCCCAUUCCCAGCAUACAGUCUGCGGGCUACAUACCGACCGCGGGCUACAAAGAAGAAUCUCCCUUGAAGAUUGUCAACACAAAGCAUUCGGGUCAACAGGGUCUGCGGAUCCGAUCUGAUGGGAAGGUAUUUGCUACUGCUGGCUGGGACAGCAGGAUCCGGGUGUACUCGGGUAAAACCAUGAAAGAACUAGCUGUGCUGAAGUGGCAUAAGGAUGGUUGUUACUCUGUGGCGUUUGGGGACACUGAAAGCACGUCUUCGUUGGUAGCUUCAUCGCCUGAGUCUGCAAAACAAGAAUUCCGAGAUGCAGAUCAGAGCGCAGCGGGACAGAUGGUGGAGGCACGCAACUACUCUCUUGCAACGGUGCAACAACAGCGGAAUCAAAAAGUACAACAAACUCAUUGGCUAGCGGCUGGGUCCAAGGACGGGAAGAUUUCAUUAUGGGAUAUCUACUGA